GAGGGGGUCAGGGCCGCCGGGUUGAGGAUGGGCGCCUCUGCGGCCGAGGCCGACCGGACCCUCUUCGUGGGCAACCUGGACACCAAGGUGACGGAGGAACUGUUGUUCGAGCUUUUCCACCAGGCAGGUCCUGUAAUUAAUGUUAAAAUUCCUAAGGAUAAGGAUGGUAAACCAAAGCAGUUUGCAUUUGUGAAUUUCAAACAUGAAGAAUCUGUUCCUUACGGAAUGAAUCUACUUAAUGGAAUCAAACUUUUUGGAAGGCCCGUCAAAAUUCAAUUCAGAUCAGGAAGCAGUCACGUCUCACAGGAUACCGGUUCAUCGUAUGCCCAGUAUGGUAACACAAGCCCAUCUAACUUAUCAAUGCCCACUCCUUCAAGCAGGUAUGAAAGGAACAUGGAGAACACAUCAGCAGGUUAUAAUUCGGGGCACAUGAUGCAGAGAUUCUCUUCACCAGAAACUCUUCAGAGACAUGCUGUGAUGAACAACGUGUUCCGGCAGCCGGGAUCCCAGUAUGGCGGAAAGUUUGGAUCUCAACAUCCGGACCACGGUGGCUUCUCCCCUCCGGGACCACCCCACGGUCACUCGUACAACUCAUCCUCCGGCUCCCAGCGGCGCCAGGACAGCCCCCUCUCACACCGCAAAGUCAGGCAGAACUCUCACCCCUACCAGCCCGAGAGGCAUCAUGGCCGGGAACCGCGCUACGGUGACCACGGCCCCGACCAUCACUACAGAGGAAGCCGAGAGGACUUCUGCUAUGAAGAUCGGGUCCAGGACGGUUGGAGCCACGACUACGAUAACAGAAGGGACAACAGUAGGGAUGGAAAAUGGCGUCCAUCUCGGCACUGAGGCCGUGUUUUUUAAAAAAACAAACAAACAAAAAGAAAACAAAACUCUUUUCUACAGCUUACAGAAGGCCCACUUCACUCUGGCCCAGACACAGCUUUUGUGACCAAACUGUAGGGAAACUUUUUAGAUUGUCCCUUUUUCCUUUUUUUUUUAAACAUACUUUUUAACUUGCCUGCGGUAUAAUACAGAGGAACAAAAAGAGUGGUGUCCCUUUUUAUUGUAUUAAAAGCAUUUUACCUCAGGGUUUUAUACAGAGGAAUGUGCCACAACCAAUUAUUGUAAUCAAAAUAGAGAAAGGGUUGUGAAGUCUGGUUGAAUUACGAAGCAAAUGUCUUAAAUGAUUUUGUACCAUUUCUAGGGGAUGCAAUUAUCCUGGUAGGUGUGAUCAUGUGUGUAGAUCAUAGAAAUCAAAAUUGAUACUGGCUAUCAGUAUUUUGUUCUGGAACUGAAAAAGUUCUUCAUCAACUAAUAGUAUUCAAGGAAAUUUCUUAUUAAAUUUGCUGGUAAAUAGUGUUUUAAAGUUGAUCAAAAUCAAGCAGAAGUUUUGCCUAAAGUCUUUAUUAAAUUUAUCUGCAGACAGCCCCCUUAGAUUACCACAUCUAAAUCAGCACAGCCUAAAACUUGGGACUUUAGUUCAGGGGUUUCAACUUUUCAUUUAGAACGCAGAAGGUGAAUUUGGCAGGGCUCUGAAGGGGCGAAGUGAAGUAGUAGUAGUAGUAGUAGUAAUAGUAGCAGUUGUAGUAUUUAUUUAGCAUUUAGUAUGUGCAAAGCACUGUUCUGAGCGCUGGAAAAGAAAUACAAAGAUGAGAAAUAGACAAGGUUCAUGGCCUCGAGAGGGGAAAAAAAGGAAGAGGGCCAGGGGAAAGGAGGAAAAGGCAGAGGAAAAAUGAGAAGGCACUUCAGACUCUCUUUUUAUACCCAGUUCAUCCAUGUAAGUUCUAGUCCCCGAGUCUUCUGCAUCAUUUCUGAUUGUAGACCGAAUCCCCAUUAUCCUUUUCCCAAGUGCCUACCCCAGUGCUCUGAAUCUACCCAGUUGUAAUAAGCACCCACAGAAUGCCUGUUGUAUUGUCUAGUCCAUCUCUCCACCUCUUCCCACUGCCAAACUGGUCACCCCUGGGAUCCAGGGCCAGGGCUGGUGUGUCCGGUUGCCUGGAAGGCCAUAGCCCUCUCAGCCCCCUGCCGGUCCCCCAUCCUCUGGGCUCAGCUGUCAUUUCUGGUGCUCUGGCAGGUUGGUCACGGUCAGUAUGACUUCUCUUCAAGCUGUGGGGUGAAGGCCCCAUCCCCUGUCCAUUCUGAGUUUAUGGGGAUGAUCACUCCUCCCCACCCUCCGCCGUGUGGGUACCUUUGUGUUUUUGUUCAAGAAAUAUUUGAGGUAUGCAAAAGUCACUCAGGAAGUAUUCAACCUCUUCAGGGGUAUGCUUAAUACAUUUGAAAAAAGCCGGAUUGAAUAUUAGUAUAUUCCGUUUUCAAAGACAGGUUUUAUUAGUGCACAGAAAUGGAGAAGGGGCUAUUAUUUCUUCUCCCUCAAAAAACUCCUCACAAGUUUCAGACUCCCACUUUUUAAUUGACUUUCUUGAAGAACCCAGUGAAUUUGUGGAAAUUAACUGUUCAUGGAGACUGUAUGGGUUGCUUUUCAUUCAGAUAAAUUAGUCUAAUUUAAACUUCAUCUAAUUGGAAAUAAUGUUUGUUGCUUAAAAUGUCACGAUUUAAAAUCCUGUUAAAUUAUUGACCUCUUUUAGGUAUCAGAAUACAGCCUGUUUAUGUUUUGGUACCCUAAUAAAUUUGUUUGUAAG